CUCCUAAUAAUGUCAAUACAAGAUUGCAACUUUGACAAGAAAACAAACAAAUCAUAGCAGCUCAGAGAAUGAGGAUGAAGAAGGCGCCACCAUCAUCCUCUCCUGCGGCCGUCGUCGUCGGCAUGGCGGUGCUGGCCGUGGCGUGGUCCUCCACCGGCCUGCGCGCGGCGGAGGCGACGAUCGAGAGCACGUGCGCGGCGGCGGCGGCGCGGGACCAGCGGGUGGACACGAGGUUCUGCGCGCAGCAGUUCCUGGAGUACCACGAGGCGGCGGAGGCGGACCUGUGGGGCCUGGCGAAGACGGCGGCGCUGAUCGGCGUGAACCUGGGCGACGACGCCGUGUACGACGUCCACGACGGCACGGUCGUCCCGGACCCGCCGGCGGGGGCGGGUGGGGCGAGGGGGAAGGCGGCGAUGGGCGCGUGCGCGCAGGCGUACGACGCCGUCGGCAUGGCGUUCGCCGAGGCCGCCGCCGAGCUCGGCGCGCGGCGGUUCGAGCCGGCCAGGGAGAGGUUCGGCCGCGUGACGCCGCUCGUGUGCCGGUGCGACGGCGCGCUCAAGGUCGCCGGUGCGAGGACGCCGCCCGUGCUGGCGAGGUACGGCGACGAGUGCCAGCAGAUGGCCAUCAUCGGUGCCGCCAUCACUAACCUCAUCAAGUGAUCCACAGCACCGCACGUACCUUUCCGUGGAUUUGUGUAAUUUUGUAGUAGAAUCCUCUUAAAUAAACAAAAAAUGUGAAAAUUACCGAUCGAAUGUCACCAAUAAAUUUUCGGUAAAUCUGUAUCAUACUUCGAGCGUUCCUCGCCGAGCGCGCGCUCGAUUUCAUCCUGAGCGCCAGAUUCACCAUCGACGCUCACGCGCCAUGCGCGUGAACACAGAACACUCAACACUAGUCGGUGUGACCGGUGCAGCGCCAUGCACCCGGCGGCAUCACGUCUCAGUGGCAAGUUUCACCUCUCAGUUGUCAAGACAUGACACUAAAAUAAAAAUAGAAUUUUUCAGUGCACAGUUUCAUCUUACAAUUUUAUAGAGUAGAUUUAGCAUUAAAUUCAUGUACUAUACUGUGAUAAUGAUGCAAUAUUCAGCAACAUUAACCAAUAGAUGGCUAGCUAGUACCAACAUUGAGCAACUACUGCUCGAAUGACCAGAUACACAAAUCAAAAACACGCAGAACGUCGAGGCUCCUAGUCCGUGAGUCUGCGACUUGCUGGUGAGCGCGACAGCGCCCAAGGUCUUGUCGUGCAAACUCCUGCUGAACGCCAAGUGGUUGCUAAGAAGGCGUGAUCUUUUCCAAUUUUUUUUUUUCAUUUUGUGCCUCUUAAUGUUAACAAAACGUAACACAGCGUCUACAAGAAUAUGAACAGACCGAUUUCAUUCUGACACAAAGACAGCACACACAAGAAUAAGCAACAAGAUUAACCACAGAUUGUCGUGAAAAA